GGAACUUGAGUAUAGGAUUAGAUCUGGAUUCGAAUCCCAUCUGUUACACAGAAGCUGCAUGAUCAACCGGGAUAAACAGAGCACUUAACAGUGCCUGCUUGACAGAGACUAGAUAAGGCAAAGCACACAGGGCCAGCAGGGAACCUGCGGCGGGCGAGUGUGGCCCAGCUGACCCAAGAACUGGGCGCUGCCUUCUUCCAGCGGCAACAGCUACCCGCAGCUAUGGCAGACACCUUCCUGGAACAUCUCUGCCUGCUGGACAUCGACUCAGAGCCUGUGGCUGCUCGAAGCACCGGCAUCAUCGCCACCAUUGGGCCGGCGUCUCGCUCGGUGGAGCGGCUCAAGGAGAUGAUCAAGGCCGGCAUGAACAUCGCGCGACUCAACUUCUCCCACGGCUCGCACGAGUACCACGCCGAGUCCAUCGCCAACAUCCGCGAGGCGGACCAGAGCCUUGCAACUAACCCGCUCACCUACCGGCCCGUGGCCAUCGCCCUGGACACCAAGGGCCCCGAGAUCCGCACGGGGGUCCUGAAGGGGGGCUCGGAAUCCGAGGUGGAAAUUGUCAAGGGCUCCCAAGUGCUGGUGACUGUGGACCCCGCGUUCCGAACGCUGGGAGACUCGAGGACAGUGUGGGUGGACUACCCCAACAUCACCCGGGUCGUCGCCGUCGGGGGCCGCAUCUACAUCGACGACGGACUCAUCUCCCUAGUGGUCCGGAAAAUCGGCCCAGAGGGACUGGUGACUGAAGUGGAGAAUGGCGGUGUCCUCGGCAACAGGAAAGGGGUGAACUUGCCAGGUGCUGAGGUGGACCUGCCCGGCCUCUCUGAGCAGGAUGUCUUGGACCUGCGCUUUGGGGUGGAACAUGGUGUGGACAUCAUCUUUGCUUCCUUCAUACGGAAAGCCAGCGAUGUAACUGCAGUGCGGGCUGCUCUGGGGCCAGAGGGACAAGGCAUCAAAAUCAUUAGCAAAAUCGAGAACCAUGAAGGUGUUAAGAAGUUUGAUGAGAUCCUAGAGGUGAGCGAUGGCAUCAUGGUGGCACGAGGUGACCUGGGCAUUGAGAUCCCAGCAGAGAAGGUUUUCCUGGCUCAGAAAAUGAUGAUUGGGCGCUGCAACUUGAGGGGCAAGCCUGUUGUCUGCGCCACACAGAUGUUGGAAAGUAUGAUCACAAAGGCCCGGCCGACCCGGGCAGAGACAAGCGACGUGGCCAACGCUGUGCUCGAUGGGGCUGACUGCAUCAUGCUGUCGGGGGAGACAGCCAAGGGCAGCUUCCCUGUGGAGGCCGUGAAGAUGCAGCAUGCGAUUGCCCGGGAGGCCGAGGCCGCGGUGUACCACCGGCAGCUGUUCGAGGAGCUGCGCAGGGCUGCGCCACUGAGCCGUGACCCCACGGAGGUCACUGCCAUCGGCGCCGUGGAGGCUUCCUUCAAGUGCUGUGCAGCUGCCAUCAUUGUGCUGACCACAACAGGCCGCUCAGCCCAGCUUCUGUCUCGGUACCGACCGCGGGCAGCCGUCAUUGCGGUCACCCGCUCUGCCCAGGCUGCCCGGCAGGUGCACCUGUGCCGAGGAGUCUUCCCCUUGCUCUACCGUGAGCCCCCAGAAGCCAUCUGGGCAGAUGACGUGGAUCGCAGGGUUCAGUUUGGCAUUGAAAGUGGAAAGCUCUGUGGCUUCCUCCGCGCCGGCGAUCUGGUGAUUGUGGUCACAGGCUGGCGGCCUGGAUCCGGCUACACUAACAUCAUGCGGGUGCUCAGUGUGUCCUGAGGCGCCUCUCCCCACCACCACCUGGCUGCACCCCAUCUCUUCCAACCCAGGCCCAUCCCACUGCCCGCUCCCCUGUCCAAGGUGCCCCGCCCCUGCCCUGUUUCACAGGGGCCCCGACAGUCUGGGUCCAAUUACAGCAGGGCCAUCCAACAGCUUCGGUUGUUUAUCCUGCUUCCAAUCCACUCAGCUGGGUCCCAAUAUGCCCCGAGCCUCUAAUCCCAGCCUGGCAGUUAAUUCUUUCUCCAUGCUGCCUAUUUUUGGGGUUGGGGAAGAGACAGGCAACCUUGUCUAGCCUCUGCAGAACCAUUAUUAUUUGUUGAAGCAGGGUCUCACACUAGUCCUGACUGGCCUGGAACACUGUAGCCCCAGGGUGGCCUUGAACUCUCCACAUUCCUCAUAAGUCACCCUCCUGAGAGCUGAGAUUAAAGGUGUGCACCACCA